CUCUUUUUACUUUGCGGAAAGGAAAUUAAAUCGUUAACCGACAGAGCCAAGGUCAUGCUGUUAGUGGCAGGCAGGGCUAGAACCCAGAGCUUUCACACACACUGUUCCUCCACAUCAGCACUGUCUUCUCGCCACCCCCCUUCCCCACUUUGCUCGGUGUGGCCCCAAGUGCCUGUCCAGCUGAGUUUCAGGAGGGGAACCCUGACCCCAACCCCUCUGUAUCCAGCCAAUAGGAGCCCAGCCACCAUGGCAGAAUUACAGGAGGUGCAGAUCACAGAGGAGAAGCCGCUGUUACCAGGACAGACACCAGAGGCAGCCAAGGAGGCUGAGUUAGCUGCCCGAAUCCUUCUGGACCAGGGACAGACUCACUCUGUGGAGACGCCUUACGGCUCUGUCACCUUUACAGUGUAUGGCACCCCCAAACCCAAACGCCCAGCGAUACUCACCUACCAUGAUGUGGGACUCAACUAUAAAUCUUGCUUCCAGCCGCUGUUUCAAUUCGGGGACAUGCAGGAAAUCAUUCAGAACUUCGUGCGGGUUCAUGUGGAUGCCCCUGGAAUGGAAGAAGGGGCCCCUGUGUUCCCUGUGGGGUACCAGUACCCGUCUCUGGACCAGCUUGCAGACAUGAUCCCCUGCAUCCUGCAGUACUUAAAUUUCUCUUCAGUCAUUGGCGUUGGUGUUGGAGCUGGAGCCUAUGUCCUGUCGCGAUUUGCUCUUACCCACCCGGACACAGUCGAAGGUCUUGUUCUCAUCAACAUUGACCCCAAUGCCAAGGGCUGGAUGGAUUGGGCAGCCCACAAGUUAACAGGCCUUACCUCUUCCAUUCCGGAGAUGAUCCUUGGCCAUCUUUUCAGCCAGGAAGAGCUGUCUGGAAAUUCUGAGUUGAUACAAAAAUACAGAAAUAUAAUUACGCAUGCACCCAACCUGGACAACAUUGAACUCUACUGGAACAGCUAUAACAACCGCCGAGACCUGAAUUUAGAGCGAGGUGGUGACGUCACCCUCAAGUGUCCUGUGAUGCUGGUGGUAGGAGACCAAGCACCCCAUGAAGAUGCAGUGGUGGAGUGUAACUCAAAACUGGACCCCACCCAGACCUCGUUCCUGAAGAUGGCUGACUCUGGAGGUCAGCCUCAGCUGACUCAGCCAGGCAAGCUGACUGAGGCCUUCAAGUACUUCCUGCAAGGCAUGGGCUACAUGGCCUCGUCCUGCAUGACUCGCUUGUCAAGGUCUCGCACAGCCUCUCUGACAAGUGCAGCAUCCAUGGAUGGCAACCGGUCUCGCUCCCGCACCCUGUCUCAGGGCAGCGAGUCUGGGACUCUCCCUUCAGGGACCCCAGGGCACACCAUGGAGGUCUCCUGUUGAGUGACCCAUGUCGCUCUGAUGUGGGACCCAGGCCUCACCUCCUGCAGCACUAACCUUGGAGGUGCAUAAGGGCUUUGGGUGACAGGAAGCAAGGAUAAAGGGCAGAUCACAUGAGAUGACCUUGAUCUUUUGAUUGCUACCCUAACCUUGACCUUUAACCUGUGAUUUCCCUACUCCUGGGAGAGAUGUCCUAAUAUCUCUUAGGGACCCAGACCCCUGAAUUAUCCCCUCUUCCGUUUUGGCAUUGUGGAGAAGGCAUGUACCCUCCCUCCCUGGUCCAGGUGUUGGUGGAUGAGGGAUAAGAGGCUGUUGUAGUUGUCAUGGUGCCUCCAGCAGACUCGCCCCGCUCAUCUCACACAUGUAAGGGCGGGGACUUAGGGCUGGAGCUCCUUUCACCAAAGCUGAUGCGGCUUCUCAUUAACCCUUCAGGCCCCCAGGGAAUGGCCUAAAUGAAUGUGUGUCUGUGUGUGUGUGUGUGUGUGUAAGAGAGAGAGAGUCUUGGGUUAGUGGUUGUCAGGAUGUAAUAGAAACAUCCUGUGUGUUAAACAGAAGUUGGAAUGGGAACUGGUGGGCCGUGAGUGAGUAUGGUGGAAGGACUGGAGCAGGGGCAGUGGGAAGAGGCCUGGGGCCAUUUGGCUGCACUAACUCUGGUAGCUGUCAGUGCGUCUAGAGUGGGGAGAGGGAGGGAGCCAACCGUGGCCCGGUCUGCCUGGGGCUUGGCAGUAGGGUGGGAAGGAUCACCCUGGGUGUCUGACCACAUGGUUACAUGUGGCAGGUGGCUUCCUGUCUCCCCCAUCUUCUGCUGUGACAAUAAACUGUAGAGGAAUCUGUGCACAUGA